AUGAGUGGAACUGUUGUAUUUUCUAGAUUCUUUGCAACUGCAGGUGGUUCAUCCAAGAAUUCAUCAUUCAAAGUAUUUGACAAAUCAAGUAAACUUUUGCAGCGUUCAAAGUAUGCAAAAUUGAAACCGGAGUUGUCGAGAAAGAAGGACUAUCUUCGUGAUGAGAUUGCCACCAAGACUAUAGAAAGAUUGGCAUUUAUAACUAGACCAAUGGAUAAUUUGUUGGAUUUUGGUAGUAAUGCCGGAAACUUCUUGAAUCAGUUGUCUACAAUUACAAAGAUUCCUUCAAGUGCCGAUGAGGUGGAGACCAAGGUCAUUGAGCAAUUGAACAAUGAUAAAGAAGUCGUGAGAAAUAAAAUCAAAACAUUAACAAUGCUUGACUCAUCAAAGGAUUUGGUGUUUCGUGACAAAGACCUUGCGCAAGAUGUCAAAUUCCCAGGAGAAGUGGUCAGGGUAGUUUCCGAUGAAGAGGAUUUCAGUAAUGAAGUAUUCCAACAUGAGAACCAAUACGAUGCGGUGAUUUCAAACUUGAGUUUACAUUGGAUAAAUAACUUACCAGAGACAUUAUCACUGAUUCAUAAGAUCUUGAAAAAAGACGGUUUUUUCAUGGCAACUUUGUUUGGUGGUGACACGUUGUACGAGUUAAGGACAUCGUUACAAUUAGCAGAAUUAGAAAGAAAAGGAGGAAUAUCACCUAGAGUGAGUCCGUUGGUUCAUUUAAAUGAUGUUGGCUCCUUGCUAAAUAAGGCUGGUUUUUCUAUGUUAACAAUAGAUUCUGAAGAUAUAGUCGUUGGUGGAUUUCCAGAUAUCAUUAGUCUAUGUGAGGAUUUGCAAAUAAUGGGAGAGAAUAAUUCUAUAUUGAGUAGGAGCUAUUUGGAUAGAGAUGUGUUAGUUGCUGCUGAUCAAAUCUACAGAAGUCUCCAUGGUGAACCAGAAGGCUUGCCGGCAACUUUCUCAGUAGUGUUUUUCAUUGGCUGGAAGAACUGA